UUAUAUUUUCAAAAUUAAACUCAUUAUAAAGCCAAGUAAAACUCAUUUCAAUUUUGAUAAAAGAUGUAUAAUUUGAAAGCUCAGAAGUUUUUUCAUAUCUUCUGCAAUUCUUACCACUCCUCUUCCAAGGUUGGGCCAAAAUUCAAAGAGGGAGCAUCAUUGUUUUCAUGCUUAUCUGAUAUCAUUACUUUGUUUAACUUUGGUACAUCCAAAAAAAGCUAUCUGAAAUCAGCUUUUGCUAGAUUCAAAUAUCAACAAAUUUGCUGGGAAGAUAGUAUAUUAAAGAAACAUGUUGAUGUUAAUAACAUGAAUUUAUUGAAAAAUGAAAUUGAAGAUUUUAAAGAAGAAAAUGUUGAUGAGCAAUAUUCUCCACUUAAGCUCAUUGAUGAUUCUUGCUUUAUUUCUUUUGAGUUGAAUCAUUUUUUUGAAUCAUGUCUUCCAAAGUUAUUACAAGGGUGUAAAAAGGUCUUACUUUAUAGUACUUUGAAACAUGGAAUAUCACUUCGUACAAUGAUUCGCAACACUGCUCAACUUAAUACCCCUGCUUUGCUGGUUGCUGGAGAUAUGCAAGGAGCUGUGUUUGGUGCAUUGCUUGACUGCCCCUUAAUACCAACAACAAAACCUAAAUAUCAAGGAACACACCAAACUUUUGUUUUUACAAACAUAUAUGGUCAUCCAAGGAUUUUUCGACCCACAGGUGUUAAUAGAUACUAUUACUUAUGUUCCAAUGACUCACUUGCACUUGGUGGUGGUGGUGGUUUUGCUUUACGCUUAGAUGGAGAUUUGUUAACUGGAACUAGUGGACCCUGUGAAACAUUUGGAAAUCGAUGUUUGGCUCAUUCUCCAGAGUUUGAAUUAAAGAACGUUGAGUUGUGGGGUUUCACACAUGCUUGAUGAUGUUGAAAGUAUGCACCGAGGGAGCAAAGAUGGAAGAAAAUCAUAUUCAUUAUGAGAUUAGCAUUUGAAUUACAAGAUACAGUGAUAAGUCACAACUAAAAAAGGAAAAAUACAGUUGGCCUAAAGGACUAAAAACAAAUAAUUGGACGUAAAGAAUUUAACACCUCACUCAAGUUAGAUUGUGUAUGGUAAAAAGUCUCAAUGUGGAUAAAAUUAAGGUCAAAGUUGGUGAAUGUAAAGGCUUUGUAAACAUAUUUGUCAACUAAUUUGUAUUGGAAAUAGGAACAAGGUCUAGGAUCUUGGAUUGAAUCUUCCCGUAAAUCAUAUGACAAUCAAGUUAAAUGUGUUUGGUCC